GAGGCCGAACAAAAGCCCUCACGCAGAGAGACGCAAACAACGGUGGCCUUGUGUGCAUGGAACAAAACUCCCAUAAAGAAGCGGAGUCGAACUAAGCUUUGGGUUUUCUGACGCCGAGUAUCGUCUUUCUUCUUGCCUGUGUUCAUCCAUUCCACCCUCGAUUCAAGUUGGAAUCGCACGCUAUCAGCCAGGAAGAAAGCAUCACAUCGCCUCGCCCUCGUUCGAUCUCUCGCGAAUCUGGGUAUUACGGAAAAAGCUCAAACCGGUAACGGUAACGGAAAGAAGACAGCGAGAAUGGCUCCCAUCAAGCCGCACUGGGUGCAGCCGUCGCACCCCGACAUUCAGGAGGUCAUCGUUAACGAGGCCGCCUUCACCACCAAGAGCAUCUCUAAGAUCUCCCUCCCUCCGUUUGGCCUGUUUGCCAAGCUGGAGUUCCCUCCCUGCACCAUGGCCCCCAAGCCCACGUACGCGACGGUCCAGAUGGACCGUGACAAGCACUUUGACCUCAACAGCGACCUGCUGUACAUCAACCACUCGUGCGAGCCGUCUCUUAUCUUUGACACGUCCAGCAUGACCGUCAUCGCCGGACCAAAGGGGCUGAAGCCGGGCGACGAGCUGACAUUCUUCUAUCCCUCCACCGAGUGGUACAUGGCCCAGCCCUUCGACUGCCUCUGCGGCGCUCCGACCUGUCGCGGCCGCAUCGCCGGCGCUCGCGACAUGACGUCCGCCCAGCUCGAGGGCAUGUGGCUGAACCGGCACAUCCGCGACUUGCUCGAGGAGCGGGACGCCGGCCUCAAGGCGAAGCAGGAGGCCAACGGCACCGACGGCACCGACGGCACUAACGGCACGGAUGGCACCGACGGCACCGGCCGGGUUAACGGCGUCGAUGCUGCGCCCAAGGCUGACCCCGCUCCCGCGCCCGCCGGGGCGCAGCGGCGCGGCCCGACGUCAAGGGAACUGAGCGGCGAGAUGGGUGGGGAUACGGCGGUGCAAGUCUGAGGGAUCUGUCGGCCUGGGGCGGUUGUGGAUUUUCAACAAUGAUGCAGCUGCUCUGGCCUUCACAGAAAGGAGGAUCUCUCUAACUC